AUGGCUGAAUCAACAGAAGUACAAAAACCAUCGAACAAGCGAUUCCGAAAGGACAAACCUUGGGAUACCGAUGACAUUGAUCACUGGAAGAUUGACGAAUUCAAACCAGAAGACAUUUCCCAACCUUUUAUGGAAGAAUCUUCAUUUGCCACACUUUUCCCAAAGUACAGAGAAAACUAUCUUCGAGAAGUCUGGCCUCAUGUCACAAAAUCACUCGAGAAGCAUGGUAUCUCAUGUGUUUUGGAUUUAGUCGAAGGUAGCAUGACAGUCAAGACAACACGUAAGGCAUACGAUCCCUAUAUCAUUCUCAAGGCUAGAGAUAUGAUUAAAUUGCUGGCCAGAAGUGUUCCUUUCCCUCAGGCUGUCAAGGUUAUGAACGAUAAUAUUGCAUGCGACAUCAUCAAGAUUGGUAAUGUCACUCGUAACAAAGAGCGAUUUGUCAAGAGAAGACAGAGACUUAUUGGUCCUAAUGGAUCAACAUUAAAGGCUGUCGAACUGUUGACUGGAUGUUAUAUGAUGGUUCAGGGUAACACUGUAUCUGUAAUGGGUCCUUACAAGGGUCUCAAGGACAUUCGCCGUAUUGUGUUGGAUUGUAUGAAGAACAUUCACCCUAUCUAUCACAUCAAGGAAUUGAUGAUCAAGCGUGAGUUGGCCAAGGAUCCUAAGCUUGCCGAGGAGUCCUGGGAUAGAUUCUUGCCCCAGUUCAAGAAGAGAAGCAUCAAGACAAAGAAGGUCGACAAGUCAAAGAUCAAGAAGAAGGAGUACACACCAUUCCCACCACCCCAGCAGCCAUCCAAGAUCGAUCUUCAGCUGGAAAGUGGAGAAUACUUUUUGAAGAACCCCGACAAGAAGCAAUACAAAAAAUAA